GUCACAUGACUGCCGCGCUGCUUUUCCGUCAGCCCAAUCAGCGGCCAGCUUUCCGCGUGACCUCCGUCCCGGCGGUGUCCCGUCAAGAUGGCGCUGUCCAUGGCCGCCUGCCGCGGGUUGCUCUGGCGCCUCGGGCCCGGCCCCGCCGCAGGCCUCAGCCGCGCCCGGCGGGAGCUGAGGCUCCCGGGGCGCUGCCUCUCCACAAAGGCCGGCUCCAGGUCGGUCCUGGCCGCCCUGGUCUCCACGGCGAAGCGCAUCAACAGGAGGUACGAGAGGUUCCUGGAGCGCACGUUCCCCCGGUUCUAUGUGCUGCACUCCACGUUCACCAGAGGGAUCCAAGCGCUCUUCUUGGAAGUGAAAGAGAUUCGAGACAUCCGCUCCCGAAUGGCCCGGCAGGGGCUGAGCGUGCAGCAGCUCCCGUACCGGGACAUGGAGCGCCUGCGGCAGUUCCGGAGGGACCUGAUCAAGGCCGUUCCCAUUGGCAUCAUCGCCAUCCCGCCCUUCGCCAACUUCCUGGUCCUCAUCCUCAUGUAUUUCUUCCCUCGGCAGCUCCUGAUCCGUCACUUCUGGACCCCCCAGCAGCAGGUUGAGUUCCUGGGCACCUACGACGCCAUCCGCAGGGAUUCCUACCCGGCUGUGCUGGAGAGCCUGGCGCGGGCAGCACGGUCCCUGCCUGACCCCCAGCUCCGGUCCCGCCUGCAGCAGCUCUGCUCCGAGGUGCAGCGCGGCUCCCAGCCCCGCGUGGCCGAGCUCUGGGCACUGAGAGGGGCGUUCUCAGGGCCUGGCCUGGCUCUGAACCAGCUCCAGCUCUGCCAUGUGAAAGCCCUGAGCCGGGUCCUGUUCCUGACCCCGCACUUGCCGGCCCCCGUCCUGCGGCACCGCCUGCGCAGCCACAUGCUGGAGAUCCGGCAGCUGGACCGGGCCCUGCAGCGCCUGAGCCUGGGGCAGCUCCAUGAGGAGGAGCUCCGAGCGGCCUGUUACCUCCGCGGGCUCCACUGCGCGCCGCUGGACCUGGCCUCGUGCAGAGCGUGGCUGGAGCAGUGGCUGGGGCUCUCCUGCAGGCUGGAAGCCUCCGAAGCCUCGCUCCUGGCCAACAGCAUGGUCCUGCUCUCCCUCAACUACAUCAGACCCAAGGAGUGAGGGGGGAGCCCGGCCCGGCCGCUUCCCAGCCUGGUGCUGCCCAAAGCCCACCCUGGGGGUUGAACCCCCCCUGCCCUGAGCCGCUGCCGUGGGGUGAGGGCACGGCUCCCCCCUCCUGCCCUGGCUCUGCUCUUCCCCUUCGUGCCGUGGGGCUCAGCCCCAGCCUGGGACCCUUCAAGC